CACAACGACAACAACAACGGGAUAGGGCAGGAUCGACUCGCGGCGACACCACCUACCAGACACACCUCUCAUCAACGACUGACUGACAUCAGCGACCACCAGCGACUGCGCGUCCCACCCCUCUCCACCCGGCGACAAUGUCGCACCUCGCCUCGGACAGCGAGAUCCUCAUCCGCCAUGACCCGGUGCUGGACGAGAAGAACCCCAACAUUGACAGACCGGUGCACCUGCGUGCCUUUAGGAAGAAUGUGCGCCGCUGCAAGAUUGCGCUCGCGCCGGGCCUGAUCGCGGCGUUUCUUGUCGGCUGCGCGCAUGCGACGCUGCUGCCUUCGCCGACGACAUGGUCGAUCCACGCGCCGGCCGACGAGCUCGUCGUGACUGCCCGCUGGGUCGGCGACAUUGCCAUCCUCGUCCUUACAGCCGCGAGCAUCAUCCUCCUCGGCGUCACGCUUCACCUCCGCCCCUUUCCCGCCCGCCUGCGGCCAGCCGACCUCGGACACCCGGAGAACAUGGGCCUGCACCGCUUCGCGUGUGUUGCCAUCUUCCUCCAGUGUCUGCUGGGUAUCAUCGUCCACCUCGCCCCUGGGGUAGUGUAUGUCGUGGUCACACACAAGGCCGCCCCGCACGGUGGACCGGCCGACAUCGUCACCAGCUACGCCCACCUCCUCGGCCUGUUCUACUCGCUCAUCGCGGUCGGGUGCAUGCGCCGCGGGCCCAAGCUGCAGACGUAUGAGCCGCCCAUUGGGUCCGCGUUCGGCGCGCGCAAGACGCGCCUGGACGACGACAACGGCAAGAUCAGGCUGCCUGAUGACGCCGACCUCGGCACGACGGGCUACGAGCCCCAGGUGGCCGACUAUGCGAGCUGCUCCAUGUUGACAUUCCUGACCCUCGGCUACACUCUCGCCCUCGCCAAGCGCUCCGUCCAGGUCGAACAGCUGUCCCUCGCCGAUAUCCCCAUGAUGGAGGAGUGGGUCCGAAACAGCGGCGACGAGUACCUCCGCAACGUUGGCCCCAGAGGGCACGACUUCACGGCGUACUCGAGCAUCGGUCUGAUUAAGGCUCUCUGGAUCGGCCGCGAGUGGCCCAUCAUCAUCACCUUCUUCCUUGAGACCCUCAACACGGUCAUCUCGUUCGUCCAAGUUGCCGCUCUCCGCGAGGUCAUCGGAUGGUUCGGCACUGGCCAGGAUACGAGCUACGCCUACGUCAUGUGCUGGGGCCUGUUCCUCGGCCAGGCGCUCGAGGUCAUGCUCAGCGGCUACCUCUGGGUACGCGAGAACUACAUCCUCCACAACCCCGUCCGCAUGACCCUCCUCGCCAUCAUCUACUCCAAGAUUCUGCGUGCGACAGACGCCAAGGCCAUGGAGGCGCAGCACCUGACCUCGGAGGAGGACCGCAAGGCCAACAAGGGCCGAAGCCAGGUCAUGAACCUGCUUACCAUUGACACGGGCACCGUUUCGUCCAUGGCCUCGUACAUCUGGAGUAUUUCCAACGGCCUGUUCAGGCUGGCGAUCGGCUUGUACCUUCUCUUCUCUAUGGUCGGCGUCAGUGCCGUUGUGGGUCUCUCGAUCAUCCCCUUGAUCACCCCUCUGUCUGUCUGGAUCGCCAAGAAGAUCUAUCAAUGUGACCGAUCGUGGGCACGGGCUCGCGACGCCCGAACUGGCGCGCUCAAGGAGUUCCUGAUGGGUAUCAAGGUCAUCAAGCUCAACGGAUUCGAAGAGUACGAGCUGCGGAGAAUCGGCGGCCUGCGAGACAUCGAGACGUCUUGGCAGCGAUGGCGAUACACCCUGGGCACGUUGUUCAACAUCGUUGCCGACCAGGUCCCUCACUUGGCCGUCCUCAUCAUGUUCGUGUUCUACACCAAGGUUCUGGGCAAUCCCCUGGACCCAGCUACCGCCUUUGUUGCCAUGACCGUGUAUUUCCGUGUCAAGUCCGGCCUCGACGCCUUCACCAGCGCCAUCGACAUCUUCCUGUCAACCAAGAUUGCGCUUGAUCGUAUCACCAACUACCUCAACCAGCCCGAGGUCAUCAUCGACGAGCGCAAUGUCUCGGACACUCAGAUCUCGCUUGACCGUGCUUCGUUCACCUGGCCCCGCGCGCACGACGUCGCUGAAGGCGAGGUUGUCUUCCACAUGAACAACCUCAACCUGUCUCUCCCUCAGGGCAAGCUGACGCUCGUUUGCGGACCUCUUGGAGCGGGCAAGACACUCUUCCUUCGGGCGCUUCUCGGCGAGGCCAAGGUCACCGGAGGCAGGAUCAUUUCGCCACGCUCCGCUUCCGACCUUGUCCCAAUCGACUCGUCCCUCAUCAAGAUCCGCUGGAACGAAGACCUCUGGCUCGAGAACUCGGUCGCCUACGCACCCCAGAUGAGCUACAUUCGCCACGGGACGGUGCGCGACAACAUCCUGUUUGGCCAGCCGUUCUGGGAGGAGCGAUACAACGAGGUGCUCCGCCAGUGCUCCCUCACCACCGACCUGGACAUUCUUGUCGACGGCGACCUGACCGAGGUUGGCGAGGGUGGUGUCAAUCUCAGUGGUGGGCAGAAGGCAAGGAUCAACCUCGCGCGCUGUGUCUACUCUCGUGCGCGCACCAUCUACCUCGACGACAUUCUCUCCGCCGUCGACGCGCACACGGCCCAGUUCCUCGUCGAGGAAUGCUUCAAGGGCAGUCUUCUCCGCAACCGAACUGUGGUGCUUGUCAGCCACCACGUUGACCUCGUCGUCAAGGCCGCUGGCUUUGUCGUUGCGCUGACUGAGGGCCGCGUCGACCAAGUCGGUCCCCCCAGCGACGUCCGAGUGGCCAGCCUUAUCGCCAUGGCUUCGCCAGUCCAGAGCAAGGGCCGCGACCUUCCCCAAUUAGCACCAGAGCAGGAAGUUCCACCUCCACCUGAUGUCACAGAGGUGCUCGACACUUUCCUCGAGCUCAACGAGGCUUCGUCGCCGCUCACCCCGCAUUUCGACCUCCCAACACAUCUGGACGAGGACCUCGAGGACGAAGAGGUGGCUCUGCGGAACGACCCGCGCGUUCUUUACCAGGACGAGCACCAGGAGUCUGGCCAUGUCCGCACCAGCCAGUACUGGAUGGUGUUCAAGGCGACCGGCGGUGUCUUCUAUUGGAUCGUCUUCGUCUUGCUGUACGUCGGCUCCCGUGCUGGCUGGGUGUUUGUGAACAAGGUGCUCGAGUGGUGGUCUGGCGACCCCAACCCGGCUCACCUGGACCACUACGUCCUACUCUACGUCUCGGUCAACCUCCUGUCCAUCUACUUUGGUGGCGUGCGCUGGGUUUGGCUGUACGGUAUCGGCAACGUGGGUUUCUACUCGGCGGGUACUAAGAAGAUUCAUCGCCGUCUUCUGGCUUCGAUCGGAAACGCGCCACUCUCGUUCUUCGAGACCACGCCCGCGGGUCGCAUCUUGAACGUCUUUGGCCAGGACACGCAGCGACUGGACUCUCACACGGCUGAUGACGUUGGACGUACCGCGGAUGCUAUAAUCCGUGUGGCCUUCUCCAUGGCUGUUGUGGCUCUCGAGGCUCCGAUUAUGAUGCUGUUCUUCGUCUUGUUCGGCAUCCCGGUGCUCUUUGUCUCGAACGGGCUGGGCAAGCUUCGAACCAAUCUCCGCCGCUUAUCCAUCAUGUCAUACUCGCCGCUCAUCAGUCUGUUCAACGACUCGAUCGACGGUGUGGUCAUGCUGCGCGCAUUCGGCAUGCCGAACGUGAUGGCCCAGUCGAUGAAGACAAUUCUGAACCGCGCACGGUCUGCCGAGACCUGGAACUGGAUCACGUACAACUUCAUCCGAGCGGUUGUCCUCACCCUGUCGAGCGUCUUCCUGACUGCGACUGGUUUCGUCCUCGUUGGACGCGACAUCUCCGCCGCCAAGGCUGGUUUCAUCCUCAACUUUGCCGCCCAGAUGUCCGGCGACUGCUUUGACUUGCUGGAGAAGUUCAUUCAGCUCGAGCAGACGUUUGUGAGCGCCGAGCGCAUCAACCACUACAUCGAGGACACGCCACAGGAGAGUGACGACGGCAUUGUUCCGGAGCCAUCAUGGCCUGCCAAGGGUGCUAUCACCAUCCGCAACCUCAGUUUCCGGUACGCGCCAGACCUCCCAGACGUACUCCACGAUAUCUCGCUCGACAUCCUCCCCGGUCAGCGAGUCGGCUUGGUCGGCGCGACAGGAUCAGGCAAGUCUACGCUCGCGCUAAGCCUGUUCCGAGCUGUCGACCCCCGCAAGGGUUACAUUGCAAUCGACGGGCUCGACAUUGCGGACGUCGAUCUGAGAGCAUUGCGCACUAGGAUCAACAUGGUUGCUCAGGACGGCAGCCUACCCUCUGGCACGUUGCGCAACGCCCUAGACAUAUCGGGCGAGCGCGACGACUACCAGAUCUAUGACGCUCUGAGGCGUGUCCACCUUCUUCCCGAGACCAUCACCGAGGAGGAGGCCAAGACGAACCCGUUCGCCAAUCUUGACACCUGGGUCGCAGUUGAGGGCUCCAACUUCAGUCACGGUCAGCGCCAGCUUCUCUGUCUCGCUCGUGCCCUGCUCAAGCACUCGAGAAUCCUUGUCAUGGACGAGGCUACCUCGUCUGUGGACUUUGAGACCGACGCCAAGAUCACCGCGACCAUCAAGGAGGCGUUCGCCGACACGACCAUGCUCGUGAUCGCGCACCGCCUCGCCACGAUUGUAGCCUACGACCGCGUGCUCGUCCUCGGACGCGGCAGGGUGCUCGAGUACGACCGCCCCCUAACACUCAUGAAGGACCCGAACACGGCGUUCUACGCCCUGUGCAAGGCGCAGGGCGACGAGGAGUACCGCCGUCUCCUCAAGCUCGCCAAGGCCUCGGCCGCUUAAUAGAAACAAACAUUCAUCCAUUAUUCGUUGCAUGCAUGAGGACAUUGACCCAGCA